AUGCCAUCAUUAUGGGGUAGUGCUAGCGAGGGGGAGGGGGACGUGGUCAGCAGCCGUGAAGAUCUCCUAACCCUCCUUCGAGUUGGGUCCAUGCUGCUGGCCGUGGGACAGUUUCGCAAGAGCGGCCCUAGUUGCCGAAGCUCCCCCCAAUUGACCCGACGGAUGGCAUCUUUUGAGCCCAACGACAUCGGACACAGCUUCGCCGAUGGGAGCAGUUCCACGAAUGACUAUCUUCCCCGCGGGUCGCGCGAUGCGCGAAAGCUGCAGGGUCUUGCCGCUUCUGCGUGCGAGAUGACGAUCCGACGGUUUCCCAGCUUCUCAUGCAGCUCCUACUCAGUCUCCGACUUUGACCCCUCCCUCAAGGGCUCCCUUCCUGCCGACUUCCAAUGGGGCUACGCGACUGCCGCAGCACAGGUCGAAGGAGCCUGGAACAAAGAUGGCAAAGGACUAUCGAUCUGGGACACCUGGUGCCACGAGAAACCUUCGCGAAUCAAGGAUGCCAGCACCAAUGAAGAUGCUGUUCGAUCCUACGACUUCUACAAACAGGAUGUGGCCCGCAUGAAAGACUACGGUGUCACAGCAUACCGUUUCUCGUUGGCGUGGAGUCGCAUUAUUCCUCGGGGCGGCAAAGAUGAUCCGAUCAACGAGCAGGGUAUCGAAUAUUACAACAAGCUCAUUGACGAGCUCCUGGCCAACGGCAUCACGCCAUUCGUCACGCUAUUUCAUUGGGACACACCGCAGGAACUCCAGGACCGCUACGGCGGCAUGCUUGACAAGGAAAGAUACACGCCCGACUUCGUGCGGUAUUCGCGCGUCUGCUUCGAAAGAUUCGGUGAUCGUGUGAAAAAUUGGAUCACAUACAACGAGCCAGGCGUAUACACACUUGCGGGCUACGCGGCGGGCGUGCAUGCACCUGGUCGCUCUAGCUACCGCGAAAGGAAUGCAGAGGGAGACAGCAGCACGGAACCUUUCAUCGUCGGGCACACAGAGCUGGUGUCCCACGGAUACGUGUGCGAUCUGUACAAGAAAGAGUUUCAGCCUGUUCAGAAGGGUACGAUCAUGAUUACUCUCCACGGCAACUGGUCUGAGCCAUGGGACGAGAAUGAUCCAAAGGAUGUCGAAGCUGCGCAGCGUGCCAAUGAGUUCCAAAUCGGCUGGUAUGCCGAUCCACUCUAUGGUAAAGGCGAGGUGGACUAUCCUGCUUCUAUGCGCGCGCAACUAGGAGACAGGCUGCCAACGUUCACAGAGGAAGAGAAGAAGCUCAUUCGAGGAAGCUCCCAAUUUUAUGGCAUGAACUCGUACAGCGCCUUCUAUAUCAAGAACAGAGGCGACCAGCCUGCUGAUAUCAACGACCACAAAGGCAAUGUUGAAUUUCAUGAUACCAACAAGGCGGGGAAAAGCCGCGGCAUAGAGAGCGAUACCCUGUGGCUGAGGACAGCUGAAUGGGGGUGGGCAAAGCUGCUACGUUGGAUUUGGAGCCGCUACGAGACGCCCAUCUACAUUACUGAGAACGGCACCACCGCCAAGGGCGAACAUGACUGGGUACCCAAGGGCCCUAACGAUGUUCUUGAGGAUCCGCACCGCGUUGACUUCUUCAAUAAGUAUCUGACCGCCAUUGCCAAGGCAUCGCAAGAAGGGAUUGUCAUCAAAUCAUACUUCGGUUGGACCUUUACGGACAACUGGGAGUGGACAGCUGGUUACUCGGACCGUUUCGGCGUCACCUGGGUGGACUUUGAAGCACCAAAGAAGACUCGAUAUGCAAAGCGAUCAGCAUACUUUGUCAAGGACUUCUUCGCCCACCUGAUCAGAUAG